AUGCUCAAGUAUCUCAGUUUGUUCUUCCUCUUCAACGUCUUGUUGGCCCGUUCAACUUCAACUAAAACCAUCACUAUUCCUUGUCACACUUGUCAAGGUGGCUCAACUGUCACCACUCUCACUUCUGCGGUCACAACAAAUAGUAUCCCGGAUAGUAUUUUCUUUUCCAGAACUCUUGCUCCUUUUCCUUCAAGAUCGCUUGCUGAUACUUCAAUUACUUCUAUGUCUGAUAUCUCUCUGACUACUACUGCCCGUUCAACCUCCACUAAGGUGAUUACUAUCCCAUGCAAUCAAUGCCACGGUGGUUCCACAACAUCUACAAUUACCCUCUCGUCUACAACGCCUGAGGUGACAUCUUCAACUUCCUCUGUUCGCUCUACCUCAACCAGGACAAUCACCGUUCCAUGCAAUCAAUGCCAUGGUGGAACAUCUCUUUCUACCAUUACUUUUGCUUCAGAUGAUCCUGUUCCAUCUCCUACUGAGUCUUCUGACGAAACAACUUCUUCUGUGGAAACUACUUCUUCUGAAGAACUAACUCCUUCCUCUAUUUCUUCUUCUUCCUCUACUUCUCCCAUUUCUUCAUCAAUAGUAUCUACUUCUUCUUCUAUUCAACCUACUUCUUCUUCAAUUGAAUCUACUUCUUCUAUUCAACCCACUUUUUCUUCUAUUGAACAUACUUCUUCUGCCACUUCUACUUCUGCUGUGUCCUCUAUUUCUGUUGUUUCUUCUACUUCUUCAUUUGAAUCCUCUCCCUCUACUUCUCAAGUUACUUCCUUUUCUGAAAUUACUUUCUUUUCUGAAGUUACAUCCCUUGCCUCUUCUGAACCAUCUUCUGCUCAGCUUCUUUCGACUCCGUCCAGCUCUUCACCCUCGCUUCGCUCUACUUCUACUAAGAUCAUAACCGUCCCAUGUCACCUAUGUGACGGUGGCUCAACCACUAUAGUCUCAAGCGACAGCACAUCCCCCCAAACACCUGAAUUAUCUACACCUGGUUCUGAUAUCUCUGUUAUAUCUUCUGAUACGCCUGCCUCAGCUUCUUCAAUCAGUUUAUCAUCAGUGACUUCCUGGGUUUUCUCCAGCUCUGCUACACCUACUAUUCCAAGUACGACACUUCCUGAGGAAUCUUCAGAUACAACCAGUUCUUCCUCGGUGACCUCUGAUAUUGUUACUUCAGUGACCACUUUGAGGACUGAUUUCACUUCAGAGACUGCUACUCCAGAAACGUUUUCUUCAGAAGCUUCUUCAAAAACUGCUACUUCACAAGCGUCCAGCUCACAAACGUCUACUUUGGAAACCUCGAUAACUACCCCUGAAUCUUUAACUGGUUCAUCUAGUUUAGCUUCUUUCUCUUCAGAAGAACCCUCAAGCUGCACUUCUGAUUCCACUUCCACCUCAGCAAGUAUCACUACAGAAACUACCAUCACAAACACUGAAUCCUCUAGUUGCUCAACGUCAGAAGGCAUUACCUUAACUCUGAAAACCACCUUGAAAACCAAAACGGACUCUACUACAAUUACAUCAUGUUCUGCUUCUGCUUCUUUAACUUCUACAACUGGUUCAUCUUUUGCUACUAGCACAUCUGGGUCAUCUUCUCUUGAAGCUAGAACUAGCAGCUCCGCUUGGUCAGAAACGUCCUCAAAUACGACUGCAGGCACUUCCAAAGCCACCUCGGAUACUUCAGCCACUUUGACGCACACCUCUUUCCCUGCUUCAGCUCCUGCAAGUAUCACACCAAGCGGAUCCAUGGAUCAUACCUCCUUCACGUACAGUAUAACUACAUCUACUCUGACUGACGAAACAACAACCAAGCACUUCACUUACAGUACACUUGUUCCAUGUAUCGAAAGCGAAGCUAGCCAGAUCGAAAGCACCAGUAUUACUAGUCUACCAGAACAGAGUACACCUACACCAGAAGUGGCCUACCUGGGUCUUGCAAUCAAGCCCUCUCCAAACUUUUCUCUUUUAUCUAUGUUUAUCAUAUGCUUGUUUUAA